UCCCGGUUGCCGCCGCUGCCGCCGCCGCCGCACCUCCUCUCCUCCUCACCCAGCCUUGGGCUUCCCUGAAACGGCUGCCUCCGCUACCUCUGCAGUCUCUAUGAGGUGGAAGAAGAGGAGGAUGUGAAGAUGGCGGAGCUGCAGAUGCUGCUGGAGGAGGAAAUCCCGGGGGGCCGCCGGGCCCUCUUCGACAGUUACACGAAUCUGGAACGGGUGGCUGAUUACUGCGAGAACAACUACAUUCAGUCUGCAGAUAAGCAGCGGGCCCUGGAAGAAACCAAAGCUUACACCACCCAGUCCUUAGCAAGUGUUGCCUAUCUCAUAAAUACUUUGGCCAACAAUGUUCUGCAAAUGCUGGAUAUCCAGGCAUCCCAACUACGAAGAAUGGAAUCUUCAAUCAAUCAUAUUUCACAAACUGUUGACAUUCAUAAAGAAAAAGUUGCAAGAAGAGAAAUUGGUAUUUUGACUACCAAUAAAAAUACUUCAAGAACACACAAAAUUAUUGCCCCAGCCAACCUUGAACGACCAGUUCGUUAUAUUAGAAAACCUAUUGAUUAUACAAUUCUAGAUGAUAUUGGCCAUGGAGUAAAGGUGAGUACGCAGAAUAUGAAGAUGGGUGGGCUGCCACGUACAACACCUCCAACUCAGAAACCCCCCAGCCCCCCUAUGUCAGGGAAAGGGACGCUUGGGCGGCACUCCCCCUAUCGCACACUGGAGCCAGUGCGUCCUCCAGUGGUACCAAAUGAUUACGUACCUAGCCCAACCCGUAAUAUGGCUCCCUCGCAGCAGAGCCCUGUGAGGACAGCUUCUGUGAAUCAAAGAAAUCGAACUUACAGCAGCAGUGGAAGUAGUGGAGGAAGCCACCCGAGUAGUCGAAGCAGCAGUCGGGAGAACAGUGGAAGCGGGAGUGUUGGGGUUCCUAUUGCUGUUCCUACCCCUUCUCCUCCCAGUGUCUUUCCAGCCCCUGCUGGCUCUGCUGGCACUCCUCCCCUUCCUGCUACUUCUGCAUCUGCCCCUGCCCCUCUUGUUCCUGCUACUGUCCCUUCCUCCACUGCCCCAGACGCUGCUCCUGGGGGUGCCCAGACCCUUGCCGAUGGCUUCACUUCUCCAACUCCCCCUGUUGUUUCUUCCACUCCCCCUACAGGUCAUCCUGUUCAGUUCUACAGCAUGAACAGACCAGUCUCCCGCCAUACUCCUCCCACAAUUGGGGGCUCCUUGCCCUAUAGACGCCCUCCUUCCAUAACUUCACAAACGAGCCUUCAGAGUCAGAUGAAUGGAGGACCUUUUUAUAGUCAGAAUCCAGUUUCAGAUACUCCGCCUCCACCACCACCUGCGGAAGAACCAGUCUUUGAUGAGUCCCCCCCGCCCCCGCCUCCUCCAGAAGAUUAUGAAGAAGAGGAAGCAGCUGUGGUUGAGUAUAGUGAUCCUUAUGCUGAAGAAGACCCUCCCUGGGCUCCAAGAUCUUAUUUAGAAAAGGUUGUGGCCAUUUAUGAUUAUACAAAAGACAAGGAAGAUGAGUUGUCUUUUCAGGAAGGAGCCAUCAUUUAUGUCAUCAAGAAGAAUGAUGAUGGUUGGUAUGAAGGUGUUAUGAAUGGAGUGACUGGGCUCUUUCCUGGGAAUUACGUUGAGUCAAUCAUGCAUUACUCUGAGUAAAGCUCAGCGGGGCUCUGCUUCUUCACAGGAAUAGUCAGGUCUUCCCAGAUUGUCAGAAAGCCCCAGGAUUCCCCCUCCAGUGAAAUGAAGGAAGGAUAAACGAUAAAAAUGGUUUGGGGUUUUUUUUUUUGUUUUUGUUUUGUUUAUUCCCCAGUAUAAAUACAAAAAAACACACUGAGUCAGAACAAUUGGAUCUUUCCGCCAUCCUUUAUAACUAUGCUGAGCUGUCUGGAAUGAAAUAAAGUGACUUUCUGAACAUUGCAUUGCAGAGCUAUAACAAUAUAACUAUGUAGCUAAAACAAAUCAGAGUAAAACUGAUUCAGAAACAAAAAUCUGGGAUCUUUCUCAGGAAUACUGUACACACUUGGGAUUCCUCCUCCUGCAGAACCGGUGGCAUUAAAUGUUCUUUAAUGUCUGUGCUAAGGGUUAACCUCAAAGGCCAUUGGGUCCCUGUCCCACUGAUUUGCAUGAGGAGGAGGGAGGGCCCCCAUAUUUAAAUACCAUACAUAAACAUUUUUAGUUGUUUCAGAUGACUUAUUUUGCCUUUAACCCUGUAAAUUGUAUAUCCUGUGAGCACUUGAGUAAACCAAAUGAGUUGAUGUUGAA